UCGAUCAUCAUCAACACAACAUCGACCGGGUGGUGCGCAACUUUACUUUUCUCGGGAGGGUCAAUCCGUAACGAUUUUAUUUAUUUGCACCAGAAAGAUUUAAGUUUUCAAAGGGUGCAUCGUGCUUUAUUUCACACCAAGCUGGUGAUUCCUGUAAAUUUAGUUUUACAAUGAUGAAAGUACGGAAUGUUUUGAAUGAUACGCGCUGUUUGUUGGUUUUGUCCAUCGUGGAGGUCAUUCUGGCACUGUUGGGAUUUGCCGCGAAUUACUACAACCUCUUUUAUGGAGUGCUGUGGACGGACGCCAUGCUUCCCGUCUUGCAGUUUCUGGGGUUCCUCGUGUCCAUUCCCGUGUACGGUUUUCAGUUGGGGAACGGCAUCUAUCUCAUCGUGUCUUGUACCCGUGUCUUGUGCGGCCACCGAGACCCGGCACGCUUUGGUAGUUAUCUCGCUGCGGAACGGAACAGGGGGGUGUGCGGAUGCUGUGCAGUUUGCCUGGCACUGGUGCUCCUUGCUGGACCCAUGGAGUUUGCGUUUCAUGCCGACCCGUUCGUCCGGUCACUGGGCGUGUGGGGCGCAGCCUCCUACACGUUCCAGGCGGAGUUUCCCGGACAGUUGGUCAUGCUGGGAUGGAUUGUGGUACACGCUGUCGCUUUCGUCGUGGCAGUGCUUAUUGCCUGGGGUAGCGCUAAUGUUUACCAGGAGCUGAAAGGCGAGACAAAGUCUUUGGACCACUCGGGAUCCCAGAAUUCAGCACCGCCACUAUACAAGAAAAUUAACAGCGAUCCCAUUCCAGUUGCUUGCUCUACGGAAUGUCUGUUGUCCAACGCAGUCGCUUCCUAAAAGCAUGGAUUGGUGUUGAAUGCGCAGUCAACUACGCCGAAGGUUUUUUGAAAACUUUUAUUUGUUUGUUAUAACGCUGCCCUGUCCAAUUAUCCUUUGGAAAUAGUAUAGUACAACAAAAUACA